AUGACUUAUGAGCAUCUUCCUCUCUGGAUCAGAAUUCGCACCUGGGACCGCUUCUGGAAAAGGAACAAAACAUAUCAGAGUAUCAGGGAAACAGGCGCGAAGGUGAGGUACAUCGGCAACAACCAACUGCUUAAGAUCCGAUGCCACACAACUGAGUAUGAAGCAAUGGAGUUUGUCCGUCGGAAUACCUCCAUUCCGGUACCCAAGGUCUUCGGCGUAUACAGCCGUCCCGACGGAUAUCAAGAUUUGGUCAUGGAGCUAGUUCCAGGACAGGAGUUGGGUGUGGCCUGGCAAACGUUGACAACAGAGCAUAAAAUAAAUGUAGCCAAAGAGCUUGGGUCCUAUAUUUCCCAACUACGGAGUCUUGAACCUACCAAGAAAGGGUUCGUGGGGUCGAUUGGGUUGGCAUCCGGCUGGGACAGCCGCUUAGGUAGCAGACGCUUUGGUCCCUUCGAGACUAUAGAGGACUUCCAUAGAUUUGUGCGUCGAGGGGACUCUAUGGAUUUAUGGGCUAUUGAGCAGGACGUCGUCGAUGUGCACAGUAGAUCCGACUCCUACACCACAAAAUUUACUCAUGCGGACAUGUCACCAGAGAACAUCAUAGUCAGGGACGGCAAGAUCACAGCUAUCAUCGACUGGGAAUUCAGCGGAUGGUUUCCAGAGUAUUGGGAAUAUACAAAGAUGCACUUCCGUUGGCGGCCAUAUCGCAAGGAUUUCUAUCAAGAGAUGGACAAAGUUCUCACAAGUUACCCUCAGGAGCUUGCUUGCGACAAAGCUCUUCUGAAACAUUAUGACUUCUUCAGUUAUGACACUGAUAGGCCAAGGCGAUCAGUCGACGAAGAAAAGUGGCGAGAAUGGGACACGCGCAUGAGAAGUCGAAUGGCCCAGUUCAGCGGUCCUCCAUUCUCAGCAAAGAUGCCGGUCAAUGUGAACAACUCUGAAUACGGCAGUGCAGCGCUCGUAGAGGACGAAGAAGUCGCAGAAUCUCCUGACUAUUUGAUUAGCUCACAGUAUGGUUCAGAGGGGACAAGGAAUUCUGAUUCUUAG